AAAAAAAAAAAAAAAAAAGGAACACUGUACCAACAGCAGGAAGGAAGAGAGGUGCAGGAGCACAGGCUGGGAAUGUGGCUUCUCCCUGUGAAGCCACAGGUUUGAAGGCUUGAAAACUUGAAGAGUUGGGCAGCCACAUGCAUGCAAGAUAUGGUGAGAUGGAUCCAAGGCAGUGUUUAUGGGAGGUGGGAGUGCUGUCUCCUGAGCCUCCAACUUCAACAUAAACUAGCAGGAACCAUCCUUGCCAGAGAAUCACGGAAUCCGCAAGGUGGAGGCAAAGCAGAGAAAUUCCUAGGACUGUGGCUGACAGAGCUGGAUGUCUUUUGUUCUUGAAGUGGAGUACUGAAAUCUAUUAUUUUAAAUCCCCAGAUGUGUAUGAACUACCGGGUUUGUGACCCAUCUCCUCUAAGGAUCAGUUGGGCAAUCUCUGGGUGGCAGUGCCAUCUCUGCUGAUCUCAAAAGGCAGGAUAUAAGCAGGUAUACAGGUCUGCAGCAUGCUGCCUUUUUCACCUGCAUUAAUUCACUCAUUAAUUCAUUCAAGAAAGAUUUAUUCGGCUUGAUUGGAGGCACACUAAUGCCUUUUGUCUCCUCAGAGGCCCACCCCUGGAGUGGGAAAAGGGACAGACAAACUCCUAAUCUGCAGGCCAGUCCCCUUCAGAAACUUUAUUUACUUGGCUGUCUCCCUAGGCUCUCUGUUCUUAUUCAGGGAACCCAUCCCAUGCUGUCUCUGAAAGGUUUGCCUGAACAGCAGGGGAUUCGUGCUCCCUAGAAGCCCCAACUCCUCUACUGCUGAGAUAAGAUGCCUGGAGCUCUGUGAAGGCUUAGGGGAGGUGGCAAUAUCUGUCUUCUUCCCCAAGACAAAGACAACCGCCAAAGUGGCAGGACACCCUCCUACCCCCUAAUUCAGAAGUGGCUGUUGGGAGGGUCAGGGAAGGGCUGGAGAAAUUGGAGGAUGGAGGUGGACAAGAUUGGGGGAGGAUGUGAUAUUAUUAACGCCAAUCACCUCCCUCCCUCAUCGUUCACUCCCUUCAGAAUGGAGCUUCUGAGAAUACUGAGAGGCUGGUAGUUUUGUGUGGGGAGAAAGCCCACUCCCGUCUUUCUUUUAUCUUCCUGCCCAAAUGCCCAAAUAUCAUUUCUAGUUCCCUGGAGAGAAAAGACCCCUUACACUGCCCUAGGCGCCAGCCUGCCAGCCCAUCUGCUAGGGAGAAAGGAGGGGCAGAGUUUUUCCCAGGAGAUCUUGGAGAAUCAACUGGAAGAUCCGUGCUCCCAGGGAAACUCAUCUACUAGACUUAGAAGGCAUUUCGGCUCACAAAGUGAACCAACCGGCAGCCUGGAGCAGAGCACAGGAGCGGGCUGCUGUGGAAGGGCCAGAGCUGCCACAGCGGGGCGGAGUCCCUUGGCCACCAAAUGUCGGAGUCAGGCCAAGCUGUUCAUGGUGCCCACCCUCGGAGCGGUGGUAAGAACAUCCCCCUCCAGGCGCCCAGUCUCACCGGCUCGGAGGCGCCAGGGCCCCCGCCCGGGGGCCGGGGUGGGCCAGGGAAGGUAAUGUAAUUCCGAUCCAGCUAACCCGAUUAUGGCGGCCUGCACCGGGCCGGGUGGCGGCGGGGGCGGGUCUAAAGCGUAGGGGCCCGGCCGGCCCGGGGUCCCAUCCCGGGGAAGGAUGCAGAGUUCACACACUCCCAGCUCCUGGGUCCGCGGCCAGAGGUCACAAGGCCACAAAGCGACUUCAGUCUUUCCCCACCUCCAUUCUCUGACACGCUCCAGGCGCGGUUUCCCGGGCUUGGGUGGGGUGAGGCGUCUAUGCCAAUGAGGCAGUUGGGGUCCUCAGAGACUUCAGUGAGGUCCCAAGCGUCGCCUGUGGCGAUUUCGACCUCCCGCCUUGGGCCGGAGUGGGGGGGGGGGAAGUGCGUGAGAAUAGACUCCUUAGACGCAGGGUGGAGGGGUAGAGUCCCGCGUUGGCCGUCCCCUGAUGCAGGCAGGACGCCAGUCCCAAGUCCCCAUCGACCUGAAUUGGCUCGGGUUGAGCCACGGAUCCGCUUUACACCUAUUUCAGAAAAUCGAAAUUCUAAGAAACACUGGACGCCCAUUACAGGCGCUCCCGAAGGGAGCUAGGGGCCCUACGGGAGAGGCCGGGAGGAGCAUGAGGGUCACUGGCCUAGAGUAGUUGUUCCCCGCCUUAGCUCACCGGAUGCCCUGCCACCGCCUUCCCACACCUGUCCUCUUCCCAGGCCUCCAACCCGCCGGUGCCGUUCCCCAUCCGCUUCCCAUCGCAGCCAGAAAGCCACAACGAGAUUUGGUCUUCGGGAGCACUUAGGCGGGGGCCACAACGAAUCCAGGAGUCGUCAGGCAAGACUCAUCGGGAGGCGAAGAGUGGGGGCUGUGGGAGGAGGCACCUGUAAGGAAGACGGUGAGGUCGAGGAAGCCCAAAGGUGAAGGCCGGCAAGGAUGGCGUUGCCCUGCGCAUCUCGGCUGACUCAGCGCGCCUCGGUCCAAGCUCUGGCCCCUCCCGCACAUAGCCUGGUUCCUAACACCCUCGCCACCUUCCCCGCCCCAACACCCCCACCAUUCCCGCGGGCCAGUCUUCCCCGAGCUUGGCGCAAACAGGCGUCUCUUCCCCUUUAACGGGCCCGGCCCCGCCCCUGCCCUACCCCCAGCCCCCACUGCCCACCCGAGGCUGAUCUGUCAGUCACUGCCCCAGCUCGAGCCGGCCAACCCUCUCCACCCUGGACUCGAGCAGAGGGCCUGGCGGUCCAGCGUCCCUCUGCGCUUCAGAGCCAGCGAGGGCGCUCCUGGGGCCCGGGUCGGUAGCGUUCCUCCGGGAUGCGAAUCCCUGCGCCGACGCCCGGCAAAGGCCGGCACGGGGGCGGUUACUCCCAGUGCGCCGGAGUGAAGAUGUCCUGGGGGUCCCGGCGCCUCUCAGCGGCCAGCUCGGCGGGCCCCUGAGGCCACCGCCCCAAACGCUCCGCUGUUGGGCUCCCAGAGCUGUUUGGGGCGCCCUCCCCAACCACCAAACCUCUUGCUGUCCUCCUUGACCCGGACCCAUGGAGCCGGCGGUCCUGGCCUCGCACAACCUCCCGCACCACGAGCCAAUCAGCUUCGGCAUCGAUCAGAUCCUGAGCUGCCCGGAACCCCCCGGGAGCAGCCUAGGCCCGGGUCGCGCGGGCCAGGGCCAUGGGGAGAGUGCGGCGUUCUCGGGUGGAUUUCACGGAGCCUCAAGCUACGGCCCAGCGGGCUCGCUGGCCCCAUUACCAGGCAGCUCUGGCGUGGGCCCGGGCGGUGUGAUCCGCGUCCCCGCGCACCGCCCGCUGCCAGUGCAGCCGCCCGCGGGGGGCGCGCCUGCAGUUCCAGGACCCUCGGGCUUGGGCGGCGCCGGGGGCCUAACAGGACUGACCUUCCCUUGGAUGGACAGCGGCCGCCGCUAUGCCAAGGACCGGCUCACGGCCGCGCUCUCGCCCUUCUCCGGGACGCGCCGUAUAGGUCACCCCUACCAAAACCACCCCCCGAAACGGAAGAAGCCGCGCACGUCCUUCUCCCGCUCGCAGGUGCUGGAGUUGGAGCGGCGCUUCCUGCGCCAGAAGUACCUGGCCUCGGCCGAGAGGGCGGCGCUGGCCAAGGCCCUGCGCAUGACCGACGCGCAGGUCAAGACGUGGUUCCAGAACCGGCGCACCAAGUGGCGGCGCCAGACCGCAGAGGAGCGCGAGGCGGAGCGGCACCGCGCGGGCAGGCUGCUUCUGCAUCUGCAGCAGGACGCGCUACCAAGGCCCCUGCGGCCGCCGCUGCCCCCGGACCCGCUUUGCCUGCACAACUCGUCACUCUUCGCGCUGCAGAACCUGCAGCCCUGGGCCGAGGACAACAAAGUGGCUUCCGUGUCCGGGCUGGCCUCGGUGGUGUGAGCGACGCCUGCACUCUUUUCCGAACCAAGGCGCCGCGUGGAGCGCACGGCCGCCCUCGCCGUGAUCGCGUGACAGUGGAGCAUGUGAGGAGAAGCUGGCCUUGAGGCUAUCGUCGAGGUCUCCUCGGCCACCACCGGCUCCCAGUCCAGCGUCGCGCUGUUGUCCUGCGCGCUAAGGCGCGGCCUUUCCCGCCGUUUUUCACUCGGAUAUUGCACCUGGGCCGUAACCAGAGGCGUUGAGGGGGCGGGACUUGAAGUACCGAAGCCAAUAAGGUGUGGGGAGGAGGGGCGGGCUGGCCAAUGGCUGCUCUCUUGAGGAACUCCGGAUUCUUCAUUGGGUGUGUCUGGAGCUGGGGUUCUAGGGUUUCCGCGCAGGUUACAGGCGGGGCUGGGAUCGGGUGGCAGCCUGCACUGGCUGGGUCUAUACCAAAGGUGUCGCCAGGGACAGGUGUAAAGGAGGAGGUGCUGGUGAGCGAGAGUCUGACAGGAGCCCGAGAGUUAUCCACGCUGGGCAUCUCAUCCUUCAACGGUAAAAUAAUCGCUAAGGAUUCCUUCCAGACUUUGAGCCUCAUGUUGUCCGUGUGUGUUUAACCUGCUGAUUACAUCCUCCCUCUUGAGACUUACAACGCGCUUGGGUGGCAGGCUGGAUGGAAGAGAAAAAUCUAGGAACACUAACCUGGCUCUGGUGUCCCUAGAGGACUGAGAGGGAAGAGGAGGGAAGCAACGGACAAAGUUAACGGGCCGGUGAAGUUACGAGUGAGAAGAAUUAGGAGUUCCCGUCAUGGCUCAGUGGUUAACGAAUCUGACUAGGAACCAUGAGGUUGUAGGUUCAAUCCCUGGCCUCGCUCAGAGG